AUACAGCUAGAGGCAGGGCAUCAACCUGAGAACAAGUUACUCGACUCAGCAAGGGUUCAGCACCAAACAGGCUUUGCGACCCUCAGAAAGCAUUGUUACAGUACCACAUCAGUAACAAAGCAAUUAGAAGCAAUCGAUAAUUGAAAGCAGGAGUCGCGACAUUCCUCUGCCGCCGGCGGCCGCCCAGUUCGAGAAUAGUCACGAUGGCGGAGGCUGGCGGGCCCGUAAAGGUCACGCUCCAGCAACUUGGAGUUGCAACAGGGGAGGAGUAUGAGGGGCAGUUGGACAUGGACAUCGGCCACCUCACGGCCUUCGACCCCGCGCCGCUGGACGCCGCGCGCAUGACGGUGGACGCCGCCGGCACGUGCGCCGAGGCGGCCCGCGGCAUCACACAGGCCAUUGUGACCAAGCUGUUCAACCUGCCCGCCGAGCCCGUCACCGGCGGCCGCCUGGCAGUGCUACCCGCCCCCACCACACACCUGCCGCGUGCGCAGCACGUGCCCAAGCCCAAGCCGCUCACGCGCUGGCAGCAGUUCGCUGCCAAGAAGGGCAUCGUGAAGCGCAAGCGCUCCAAGCUGGUGUUCGACGACACCGUGAACGAAUACCGGCGGCGGCACGGCUACAAGCGCGCCAACGACGACAAUGACAUCCCCAUCAUUGAGGCCAGGUCCACAGACAAGCCCGGCGAGGACCCCUUUGCGGCUCUGGCGGCGGAGAAGCGCGAGCGCGUCAAGCAGAACAAGGCCAACCAGCUGGGCAACCUCAAGGCGGCCGCCAAGCGCGCCGGCGCCUCCGCCCUGCCCGCCAGCCUGCGGCUGGCUGCCACGCUGCCGGGCGAGAACAAGAAGGUUGGCAAGGGCACGGACAAGAGCAUGCGGCGCAAGGAGCUCAAGGAGGAUAUCAAGUCGGCGUCGCGCCUGGCCGGCAUCUCCACGGCCUCCAUCGGCAAGUUCGACAAGCGGCUCAAAGGCGAGAAGCCCGGCGAGCGCACGCCGCUGGGCAAGCGCCGCAACUUCGCGUCCGUCACCGACACCAAGUCGGAGCGGACCAAGAUGGGCGGCAUGGCGGACAAGUUCCUGCGCGAGCGCUCGGACGACAUUGUGGACAUCAAGAAGGCCAUGGGGCGCAUGGAGGCGGACAAGCGGGCGGAGCGGAACAGCGCCAAGCGCCAGCGCGACGAGGACGGCGGCGGAGGCGGCGGCGGAGGUGGCGGCGGGGACCGGGGUGGCGGCGGCGGCCGGGGAGGGAAGAGGAUGCGCGGUGGCGGUGGUGGUGGGCGCAGCGGCGGCGGAGGAGGGCGCGGCGGGAGGGGAGGAGGACGGGGAGGGAGAGGCGCGGGGAAAGCGGGCGGCGGCGGCGGCGGCCGUGGUGGUCGGGGCGGCGGCCGGGGUGGUGGUCGGGGCGGCGGACGGGGUAAGCGGUGAGGCCGCCGGGAGGCGGGCGGCUCGCGGCUUCUGUGAGUCGCGGCGUGUGGGUUUGGUAUUGGGGCGUAGGCAGGCUGUGUGGUGUCAUGAAAUGGGUAGGUGGGGCUGAGUGGACUACACUGUCUGGCAGGGGUGCGUGGGGUCACGGCGUGCCGGGCAGGGGUGCACGGGCGCCGUCGUGCCGCCAGGCGCUUACAUUUAGUGCGGAUCCGGCACAUGCACCUGUUCGGGUGUACCCGGUGUGUCGUGUGUUGUUGGUGUUGGCGUUGGGCUGCAACAGCUCAGGGGGCUCCUAAGCUGCUGUAUGCGCUGUGUGCACGGGCUUGUGUGUGGUGUGUGGUGAUGUAGUGUGUGGGGUGGUGAGCUAAGAAUACCAACUGUGCGGGACCACUGCGUUGCAGCGCCUGCAUGGCCGUGCAUGCGGAGGUUGGUUUAAGCUGGUGUGGCCCUGAUUGCCGUAGGUAUUGAUGUUUCGGAUGCGAUAGGUGGGGACUGAAUGUCUGAAUGUUACGGGCACGCGCGUGCAGACGGGUAUCGUCUUCGGGCGCGGCCGACCUUGACAGCUUGACAGGGUGGCAGUCAAAGCGUGGAGAAAUUCGAACGCUGAACGUUGCUCGCUGAUGUAACCUUUGAGCAGA